CAGUUUUUUAGGGGAAGGCAAGGGUCCACUAUGGAUCCUGCAUUAUCUAAAGCAGAGUUGGGAGAAACAAAAUAUCCAAAGCGAGGCAAGUCAUAUGAUGUUAACCACACUUCUGACGGUCAGACUGCUCAAGUCUCGAGUCAGAAAGCAGAGAUAGAGAAAACAUGGAAUAAAUUUGUCGAGUCGUCCACUCUUCAUGGUUUGCUUCACGUCUUCUCCAGCUCAACUAGAACGCGUCGCUUUCUAUGGGCUGUGCUUCUCUUGCUAGCAAUGAUGUGGUUUUCAUUUCAGUCCUUCAAGUUGCUUGAGAAGUAUUACAGCUACCAGGUCACGACAAAAGUCAGUUUGAAAUACGACCCUAUGCCGACUUUUCCAGCGGUGACUAUCUGCAACUUCAACGUGUUCAAAAGGUUUGUGGUUAGAACGUCAGCGUAUAAAGAAAUUUUGCCCCUACUUCAUGCAUCCUUUGUUGAAAAAAUGGGCUUGCCCGAUGUCAAUGAUAGCAUUGACUUAAACAAAUAUCAUGACUUAAACCUCACACAGUUUUACAUCGAUGCGGGACAUCAAAGCGAUGAUACUGUUAAUCAUUGCAUUUGGAACGGAAAACCGACCUGCGAUCACAGGAAUUUCACGUCCGUGUUGACAUCGAUGGGACUUUGCCACACUUUCAACUCAGGAAGAGAUGGUCAACGUCUACUGCGAGUAAAGCAGGCAGGUUCCAAUCGUGGAUUACACUUGAUAUUGAACGUUAGACAAGAGGAAUAUUACGGGACGACAUCAUAUGUUGCCGGCCUCAAAGUUCUCAUUCAUGAUCAGCAGACUCUGCCACUGGUCUCUCAGCUUGGCUUUGCUGUGAGUCCUGGUACGAGUACAUUUGCGGCGUUAAAAAAACUACGGACACUCAAUCUUCCAAAACCUUAUGAGGGAAACUGCCAUGACAAAGAGAUUACUAGCAUACCUGGCUAUAACAAGUACACGAUUCCUUCUUGCCAAGAGAUUUGUGUGACCAACUUUGUAAUAAACAAGUGUGGAUGCAGGGACGCUUUGAUGCCGGGUCUUUUAGAUGACAGGUAUUCAUGAGUAACUCAUGACAGUAAAAUAAAGAAAUGCAUUUGUA